CUCAGUUUACAUCCUGCAUUCAAACGUGACUGUGCUCGUGUUUUAGCUCUGUAUUAUGGCUCAAAGAGGUUGUGUUAUUUCUCCGGACAACUUUUGUUUUAUUUGUGGUGAAUACAUAGUUAAAAGUCAACAAAGAAACAUAAGUGAUUUUGUGAAGAAAGUGUAUUUUGCUUAUUUCAAAUUGAAAUUUGGGGAUCAAGACAAACCUUGGGCUCCUCACAAGGUGUGCAGAAGGUGCGAGGAAGAUCUUCGUUUGUGGUUUAAGGUAAUCUUCACGAUGCUGUCCACCACAACAUGUCGACUCAUCAUCUUGAUGAUGAUAUGGCUGUAUCACUUGGCCACAUCGCUGAACAUCAAUACUGGCUAUUACAUCAACCCAUUCUUCAGGCAACCUCUGAAUCUUCAGCGCACUUCAGUUCCCCAGCUGAUAUGGUCGACAUAUACUAUUUCCUCAGGACAGAACACAGUCGCCACAUGGGACAGGUUUCUUGUCGACAAUCAAAACCAUGAUAUGUCUCGUAAAACCCCAUUUGUCGGCAGUCAAAACCACAUGAUGACCCGUGAAAACCCUGUUGUCUACAAUCAGAACCAUUAUAUGACUCGUGAAAAUCCGGUUGUCGACAGUCAAAACCAUUAUAUGACUCUGAAAACCCCUUUUGUCGACCAUCAGAACCACACUAUGACUCGUGAAAACUCUGUUGUUGUUAAUCAAGACCAGAACUUAGAAGAUUAUUCAUUCAAACACAUUCAGCCGAAAUGUUCACGGUGCCCGCAUCAAGGAACGAAAGAACUCACGAAUCGAGGAGGCUUCUCUGUUAAAUUUGUUAAAGACAGUGACGUUCAGCAGGGCGAACCUGGAGGAGGACAUGUUCUUUUUGGGAACGAAACGAACAAUAUUUCAGCCGACUCUACCAAAAAGCUUCUUCCGCCAGUAGCAGAUCCUUCACGGUGUGUUUGGGCCAUCAUUUCCUGUUGUUCCCCAGGAUCUAGUAACGUUCGAAAUCCUUGUUUUGAAUUACUUGGAUGUCCUGGACCCUUCUGGGAUACGAACCCUUGUAAUGAAAGAAUAACUGGUGCUGCACUUAAGGUUGUCGGCGAGUUUUAUUCUAAUGGUAAAUGGUAAAGAAAUGUGUGUGAGAGUAAAGACAGGAACGUCACACAAGGAAAAGCUACGGUUGUGCUCUUCCGUCAGGAUGUCCGUGCGAGACAUAAGGCACUGAAGAGGAAAGGCGUGUGUAAAUAAAUCAGAAUGACAGAUUUCUCGUUAAAGAGCAAAUUGUUAUCGGGUGAUAAUCCGGUCAAAAUAAAUUACAACUAUAAUAACAAUUGGGGAAUGGAAAUGGUUUACGCAGCAUUGUGUAUAUAUUGAAUAUUUUAAUGAUGUCCCAUUAACUAAGAACUUUGAAAUAUAUAGUGUAGAAAUAAUUUGAAGAUAACUAUGAGUAAUAAAUUUGGAAAAAAUGUAAAUAGAAAUUAUUGCGAUUUCUCAUAGAGUGUGAGCCAGACAAUAGAAGGACUGGGUAAAAUCAUUAAGACAUUUUGAUAAUUCGUUUCUUGAUUUGUAUUCGAAACGGGUAUCUCUUAAUUAUGAAGCAGAAAUUAUGUUUUUUACAUUCAUUAAUAUCAUAUUCGAAUUUUAAAACAAUUAUAUUCUUGGAGAAAGAAAAUUACUUUGUACUCAUAUCUGUAACAUAUCCCAUGUCUUCAUGACCAAAUGUCGUCAUACAAAAGUGUUAACAUGAAUGUAGAAGACAGAACAUUUUUAAACACUUUCAUUAGUUACAGGCAUUCAUAAACUCGUCAGUAAAUUGAGGUGAGGGAAGAGGAAGGACCCUUGAUAUAACAAUUGCCUUGUCUUGAAGGGACUCACGAAAGGUCUUAAUAUGUUGCCGAGUGUAUACAAAGAAGGUGAAUCAUGUAAGAUUUGAGGCUUUCACGGCGGUGACUAUGAA